CCCCUGCGGAACUGAAUAUGAAUUCAAUAUCAAUAAACUCAGACUGUAGUUUGUUUUGAUGUUUUGUAUUGCUCAGUUCAAUAGAAAUAAAAUUUUAAUUAUGUUAUCUAAAGUGUAUAAUUAAAAACUAGCCGUUUAUCUUGCUAUGAAUUAAAUAUUAAACUAACUACAUUUGAGAAUCUGAAAAUGAGCAAAUUAAGUAUACGCCUUGUGUUGGGUUGUACUUUUGUCAUAACUGCCCUGUUAACAACCAUUAUUCUUGUUCUGUAUCAUGUGUUAACAGGUAAAGGCGAAAGAAUAAGCAUUGGAUGGUUUCUUGCAAAUACUUCACCUCAUAUGUGGUGUUGUCUAGGCAUUGGUUUAUCAGUUUCCCUGUCAAUAGUUGGAGCUGCAGUGGGCAUUCACACUACUGGAGUGAGUAUUGUUGGAGGUGGUGUUAAAGCACCCAGAAUAAAAACGAAGAACUUAGUUUCUGUAAUAUUUUGUGAAGCUGUAGCUAUAUAUGGAUUGAUUACAGCAAUUGUAUUGUCUGGCUAUAUGGAAGAAUUUACUUGGAGUUUGGUUAUCAAUGACCCGUUUCUGUACUCCAAUAAUUGGUUUGGAGGAUAUCUAAUGUUUGGUUCAGGACUUUCUGUUGGAUUGGUCAAUCUAUUUUGUGGUAUGGCCGUUGGGAUAGUUGGGUCAGGAGCGGCAUUGGCGGAUGCUGCUGAUUCAUCAUUAUUUAUGAGAAUACUAGUAAUAGAAAUCUUUGGAAGUGCUAUUGGUUUAUUUGGUUUGAUUGUAGGAAUCUAUAUGGUAUCUAAAGUUCAGAUGGGAGACAAAAUUCAUUAAAUAAUUUAAUAAAUAGAAGUAAAUAUGCGUAGAUUACAAUUUACUUAUUGGUAUAUUUGUUUUUUGGCAUCUUGUUGUCUUUGGAGGGUAAUAUUGAUAUUCAAAUUGUUUCGCAACAGUAAAUAUUUAUAAUUAUUCUAUAUUUAGAAUGAUUAUUGUUAUUGUUAUAACUAUUUUUAAACACAUUACUGUGAUUCUUAUCAAAUUGCUGUCUAGAUUGAUUGAGAUUUUGAUUCAAAAUGGGAGAUUAUAAUUAGUAAAAAACUCAGUUACUUUAUGCAGCAAGUUGCAUGUUUUAAGUUAAAUGUUUUGUAAAAAUACUUCCUCUGAUUCAUUUGCACGCAUAUGGAAAGGAAGGGCGAUUAUAUUAAUUUAAAUAAAUCAGAUUUAUUCAUGACAAACAUCUUAGUAUAAAGUUUCUCAUUUUAUGUUUAUAUAAUACAUGAAAAGAAACUUUUUUGUUUGAUGAUAACUAUAGAAUUUUAUGUUAAAUACAUAUUGACACUGUAUAGAGAAAAAGACAAAAUCUUUAUGAACAUACAAAAAAUAUAAAAUCCCACCACAAGUUCUCCCAGUAUCUACCAACCAUACUUCAGAAUGUAUUAAAAUAUUAACAAAAAUAUGCAAAAUAAUUUCAUAACCACAAGUAACUCUAGUGAGAUAAUAUUAUUUUGAAACGUUAGUUGAGGAUUGAUCUAAAAGUAACUCAGGCAACACUGAAAUACAAUUAAAGUACUUAGAGAAAAAAUUGAAAAUUUUCAAAAAGCCUACAAUUUAUAAAAAUAUAUGCAGUUAAAAUGAAAAAAUCUCUUUGUAAUAGAUCCUUCGCAAACAAGUUUUAAAAAUUUUAUUUAAUAGAUGAAAACAACAGUGUGUAAAUUCUAUUUUUAUUACUCUAAUUAUUAAAAUACUUGCAACGUAUGUAUGUUGUAAAUUCAGAAAAGAUUGGUAUGAUUUAAUCGAAUUAGAUGAAAAGGAUGUAACUGAUAAACUCACUUAAAAUGAUUUUUUAAUAGCCCCUCUUUAACUGCUACAAUGAUAUUUUAAAGUUUAUACAGAUGAAACGCAUAUUGAAACUACAGAAUUUGUAUAAAAAUCUAUUUUAUAAAAAAGUUGUAAUUGAUCUAAGUCACAAAUAAGUAGAGAUCAAACAAAACCAUUGAGUAAUAACAUACCUACAAUAACAUAUGUAAAUAAUUGGUUAAGAGAGCAUGAAACUAAAGUUGAGUCGAUUGAAAUGAAAAGUUUGAGAAUAAUAGUGGGACAAAUGAAAUAGGGCAUAAGGAAAACACACCAAUAAACAACAAGUCAAUGGAUGUGGGGAGGAGGAAUGACAAGGAUAAUAAUAGAGGUAGAUGCACCAAGAAUAACUCAAACCAAGAUGAAAAUUGAUUGUGAAGAUAGAAAAAAUCAAGUGAAACCUGUGUGGUAUUUGUCAAGUACAGAAAAGCAUGAAAAGAAUGGGUAGAAGAGGAGUCUAACUAACGCCUGGAAAUGUAUAGGAAUAAGAAAAGAAAAAAGAACGUUAUAACUAUGUAAAAAUUUAAACUUCUUCCCAUAAAAAAAUUUGUGGCGCAUUGUUUACAUAAAUUGUAAUAUUUUUAGAUGUGAUAUCUACACCAUUUCAGCAUAAUUCUUGAACAUUUUGAAAACAUUCGUCAUUACUUAUUAUAAUAUAAAAUUAUUUAUCAUGUUGUCGCUACACCUGAUAUAUAGACUUACUCACAUGUAAAAGGAAAUUGUAUUUUAUUGAACUAAAUCGCACAGAAAAAGAAUAUAAGUUGGAGUAUGUUAUAAGAGUUUAAGGUUUUUAAACAUAUUAAAAAAUCAAAAACUGCUUUCACAUUUAGAAGUUUGGUCAUUGUAUAAGCUUGCAAUGAAAAAAUGUUAAAUAAAAUUUUUUAUUGCUGUUACAAGUGUUCAACGUGGAAGAGGCAUCUAGUUACUUUUUGUAUAUAUCAGUUCAGUAUCAAAAUUAGAAGCAUUUUCCAGAAAAAAAUUACUCUUCACUGAUUUCUCAAUAAACAUCAGUUUGGGGUACUUCAUUUAGUGAGAACUUUCUAAUAAAGGUAAAUUAUGUUAUAUGGACAUAAAAUCACACAUUAGAAGUAGUAAGAAUAGUUUGCGUUUGAAUGAUUUCUGAAACCGUCUAUUUUUUUCUAGUCAAGUAUGUUUAAAUAUAAGUAAGUUGUAAUUUGAGCAACAUACAUGUCCACAAGAGUAAGUAAUAUUAGAAAUUAACAUAUGUUGAGCUUAUCUCUUAUAGGAUUGUGUAAUAAAAUGUAAAAAAUAUACAUAAAAAUUCAAUGUGCAUUUUAGUAUAAAUUAAUUCCACAUAAUAUAACUACAUAAAGAAAUUAAUAUAUAGAUACUCCACUUUCUAGACUCUAGAGGAGUCUAAAAAUUAUAUCUAGUCAUAUUUUUUAUUUGUACGACUUAUUUAUUUUAAAUUGCAAUUCGAAUAUUACCUCGAAAUAUUAAUAAUUUUAGUUUUUUUCCAGCGUGUUAUAAGCUUUCAAUAUUUGUAGUAUUUAAUGUAUAAAAAUAUAAUUAUCAAAUGCAA